AAGCGCGCAGCCUCUUGAGUUUCCUGUUGGGCAUCACGAUUCUCCCACAUCUAAACUCCCUCUUGUGCACAAGGGCACACGAUCCAGACCCCCGUGACAACGGAACUUCCUCUGACUGCUCUUCAGUGCGUUGAUCAUGCAGACUCGAUCGUUUGUUUGUCUUCGCUCUGUUUCAUGAAAGCCGCGUUCCAAGGGACGGAAACUUCACGUACCGUAGAAGCAAAGACGUGUAACGCUCGCGCUUCAAGGCGUCGGACCUCGGCGAGAUGGCACUUACUGUUGUCCAGGCCGUCAGUGUAGUUGUCUUGGCCCUUGCGGUGCAGACGCCGGUGGGUGGCGUUGUCUAUGUGGAGCCCGAGCAGAUUCAUCUGUCCUACGGAGUGGACCCGACCCAAAUGAUCGUCACGUGGACCACUUUCAACGAGACUCACGAGUCAGUGGUCGAGUUUGGACAAGGGAGUCUGGACCAGAGGGCAGUGGGCAACAACAGCACCAAGUUUAAGGACGGUGGGGCCGAACACCGGGUCAUCUUCAUUCACAGGGUCACGUUGACCGGCCUCCAACCCGGCUCCUUGUACAGGUACCACUGUGGUUCCAACAUGGGCUGGAGCUCCCUGUUUUUCUUUCGAGCCAUGAGGAGUGGUCAGCACUGGAGCCCGCGACUGGCCGUGUUCGGGGACAUGGGCAACGUGAACGCCCAGUCCCUUCCUUUCCUUCAGGAGGAAGCCCAGAAAGGAAGUAUUGACGCUGUUCUCCACGUGGGUGACUUCGCGUACGAUAUGGAUUCUGACAACGCUCGUGUUGGGGAUGAAUUCAUGCGACAAAUCGAGCCCGUGGCCGCGUACGUUCCGUACAUGACCUGCGUCGGCAACCAUGAGAACAGCUACAACUUCUCCAACUACGUCAAUAGAUUCAGCAUGGUGGACAAGAGCGGCAGUAUAAACAACCACUUCUUUAGCUUCGACCUAGGACCCGCUCACAUCAUCAGCUUCUCCACUGAGUUCUACUUUUUCGUCGAGUACGGGUACGCGCAAAUCGCAAACCAGUACCACUGGCUCGAAGAAGAUCUCAAAGAGGCAACGAAGCCCGAGAACCGAGCCAAGAGGCCGUGGAUCAUAACCAUGGGUCACCGGCCCAUGUACUGCAGCAAUGAAGGUCGAAACGACUGCAGUUUCAAGGAGAGCAUCAUCCGCAAGGGCAUCCCUCUCGUUCACCUGUUCGGGCUGGAAGACCUCUUCUACAAGUACGGAGUCGAUCUCGAGUUCUGGGCUCACGAGCACUCCUACGAAAGGCUCUGGCCUGUCUACGACCGCAAGGUUUACAACGGGAGCUAUAAGCCCUACACAAAUCCAGGAGCACCAGUUCACAUCACAACUGGAUCAGCGGGUUGCGUGGAGGACCUGAAUCCCUUCAAGCCUAAUCCAGCCAACUGGAGUGCUGUGCGAUACGAAGACUACGGCUACACUGUAAUGACAAUACACAACGGGACGCAUCUCAAUCUCAAACAGUUGUCAGCAGAGAAGGAAGGGCAGAUCCUCGACGAAAUCACCAUUGUGAGAAACUAUCACGGACCAUACUUUUCAAGAGCCUGGUAAUAAAACAUAAUAUAUUUGACAAA